UGGAGAACUGAGAAUGUGGUCGCAUCCACUUGUCGAGACCGGCAACACGGCGGGAUGCCGUGCGGCGCAUUCGUGCGAUUACAUUGAAAGAGAGGAAGCGCUGUACUUGUUUGGAGGGUGGAGUGGCAAGACAGCGCUCAAUGACGUGUGGCGCUUCGACUUGACCACGCUCGAGUGGACGCUGGUGCAUGCAGAAGGCAAAGUCCCUCGGCCACGCAACAACCACGCGUCCGCCGUUGUGGACAGAAAGAUUUACAUCCAUGGGGGGCACGACGGAACGACGUGGCUAUCGGACUUUUUUGUCUUUGACACAGAAACGUCGACGUGGGCCGAAGUGACCACUUCCGGCGUCGGACCAAGUGCGCGGGCAUGCCACACGAUGUCGAAAGUAGGCGGGAAGCUGUUUGUGUUUGGCGGAUUCGAUGGUGUGCAUUGCUUUAAUGACGUCGACAUUCUCGACUUGGGUACAUGUUGUCCCCGCCGACCUUCUCCGACGCUUGCUCAUGGGGAAUGACCCAGACACAUUCACUUGGAUUCAUCCAACUGUGCAUGGGUAUCAUCCCGCCCCGCGGAAUGCCCACACCAUGUCCAUCGUCGGUGCGUCGCUCUUUAUGUUUGGCGGCCACUCGGGAGCCAAGCAUCUCCGCGACCUGUACGAAUUCCACACAGGUGCAUCUGUCAUGCCUUGUCGCAUCGAUCUGUCAACUUCUUCUUUCCCCAUGCGCAAUAGAAACCCUUACUUGGACGCACUUGGCAAGUGUCGACGGCUUGUUUCCGCCGGGGCUACGCGGCCACACCGCGAACGUGAAGCAGCCCAAGAUUUACUAUUUCGGUGGGUACGAUGGCCGGGGUCGGUCAAACGAGCUCUACAUCCUCAACACACAGGACAUGCGAUGGGAACGACCGCCGGAAUCGCUCAGCGCAGGUGCACCGUCGGGGCGGCAGCGACACAGUGCGUGCUUGGUCCGAUCCAAGAUGUAUAUAAUCGGCGGGUUUGAUGGGUUCAAGUGGCUUGAAGACACGCAUGUGCUGGACAUUUGCCGCAUUGACGAGCAAGCGAUUAAACUCGAGACCCAGCGCGGGAUGGUGGGGCACUAUCGAGAGCUACUGUUUCAGCAGGACGCCACGUACAGCGAUAUCACGUUUUUGGUGCAGGGGAAGCCCAUCGUCGCCCACAAAGCGAUCGUGGCCGCGCAGUCGACGCAUUUUCAGCGAAUGUUCUCGAGCGGGAUGCGGGAGUCUCACCAGUCGACGAUCGUGAUCACGGAGUGGACCCAUCAAGCUUUUUUGCACAUGCUGGAAUUUUUGUACACGGGAUAUGUGGAGAAUUUGACGGUGGACUCCGCGCUCGAAUUGCUCGGGAUCGCAGACCACUACGGCUUGGAGCGCCUGGCGUCGCUGUGCGACAACUUUCUGGCCCACAAGAUGGAUACUGAGACAGUGUGUCAUGUGUUGAUAGCAGCGACCCAUUUCCAAGCCAACUCUCUCAAGGCCAACUGCAUGCGAUACCUGCAAGUGCAUUUUCACCGUGUUGUGUCCACCAAGGGCUUUGAAGAGCUCGGCGAGUUCCCGUCGUUGCUGCUCGAAGUCACCCGGGCGUCGAUGCUGUUGAAACACAAACCACAGAUGUAAGAAUUCCACGGUAACAUGAACGAGUGGACGACGCACACUUCUGC